CGAGAACCGGCGGAAGAUCCACCGGAUGAAUGGCCCUCCUCCCGGGAUGGGGGCCCCGGGUCCCCGCGGGGCUCCGAAUCUCACGGCCUCUUCCCACGGCGUGCGGCGCGCCCGGCCGUUUGUGCGCGAGUCGGGGCGCGGGGCUCCCCUGGCCCUGGGCACGCCGAACCCCUCGGCGACGGGGGCCAGCAGCAGCCGGGGCGGCGCCCACGAGCACCGCGAGGCCGGAGAGAAUGUGGACUGUGACUCCUGGGUCCGAGAGAAAGUGCUCUUUCUUCUGCACCCGGAGAGGUGGUUGGGGACUCAAGGGGACUCCGUACGGGAAGAAGUGGCCGAUGAGGAGGACCUUUUCAAAGCGGGAGGACCGAACCGGGAACCCGAGUGCCCUUCGCCUCUCUUUCCACGGGAAAAGCGAAUUUCUGGCAGCCGUGUAGACGCUCCCUCCCGAGCUCCGGGGGACCCACCCAAACCUCUCCUUGUGCGGGUCGUGGAUUAUGAGGUGACACAAGAAGUCCUGCAGGUCGCGUGGGCGAAGGGCUGCAUGACCACGCUGACCGAGGAGCGCUCCAUGACCGCGGUCACUUUCGCCGCCAACACGGAGUGAGACCGGUUGCGGGGCGCCGGGACCACUGGAGAACCCCGAGCCCUCGGCACAAAGAGAGAGACCUCCGUGUUCACGCCGCGGAGGGAGAGUUUCACGGUCCCUCAGGAUCUGACUCCCCGAGGAGAUUCAGUGGGGAAGAGGAGCCCGAGGAACGUUCAGGAGUUGGUGAAGGAGCGCUCAUCCUUAAGAAAAGAAAAUGCUCUUCCGGAAACUCCAGCCUGAAAUUAACCGACAGCAAAAACCUUUUAAGAGGCUUCAGGGAGGCACACGGCACCCAGUGAAGACUGUAGAACUAACAGUACUUACGAACUGUGGUCUGGACUGCUAAAGAAAAAGCUCUCUCAUCACUGGGUUUCUCUAAGAGUAAGAGAAAACAGCACUUGACCUUGGGGAACAGGGAAACCCAUUCUUUCACUCACGUAUCAGCUGUCUCCAAGGCUAUGAACACAAUGCUGGCGAGGCCUCCUAUCACACCAGGACAGCUCCAAAAGAAAUCAGAACUGCUACUGUACUGAAGUCUGCAUUUAUCAUGCUGAGGGAAGAAAAAAGAAGACAUUGAAGAAUAAUGCACACCCCCACAUAUAUGAGUUGUAAUGAGCUAUAGCAUCACCCUGUCCAGAGUUCAAGGGCCCUCUCCCCACCUGUCCCCAUCAGGUGCUUCUCCCAGGCCUACUUUUAUCCUCUCCCACGUCCUUGCCCACCCCCACCUCCAAUGACCAUACAAUCUUUAGUUGCUCUCACAUUUCCUUUAACCUACCUGUUCUUUACCUCAUUUAGGGUUUUACCUGAAUAAGGUAAAGGAAUAAUAAUAAUUAUUAUUACCUUAAUAAGGAAGGAAUAAUAAUUUUAUGGAAGGAGAUUUCUCAUACCCUUAAGGUCAAAUCAUAGUGGAUAUAGACAUGAAUGUAUGGUCCAGCUCAGUUGAGCAAGGCAUCGAUUUAGAUCCUUGGAUCCCAACAAUCUUCUACCAUGGAAAGGAAACAAUUUGCAAGCUGGUUCAGAGGCUGACUGUCAAGAGACUAAGAAGCAAUUGCUCUGAAAACACAAUGGUUGGAAAAUAAGGGGUGCUCACUUUUUGAUUUCAAUGUGGAAUUUCUCUCCAUGGCUCUGCAGGAUCCCCUGUGCAAUAGUGCCCCACUGGAGGCCCAGAGCAGCAAUGAGUAGGUUGAUGCCCACACUACUGAAGCCAUAUUUUCGCAAGAAGGUCAUGAGGAAGCCAAACCCAGCAAAUACCAUAACAUGCACAUCUUGGAAAACUGCAAAAGAGCAGAGGAAAAAAAAUCUUCAUAAAGGGACCAGUGAGAAAGUGUUACAUCAUAGCAUAUUCCAUUUACUAAGUGCUACUUCCUUUUCAGAAAACACUACAAAAGGAACAUUAACUGGGCUGCCAAAGGCUGGGUUCAAGUGCCAGCUUGGUUACUUACCAGCCAGGAGACCUUGGGCAAAUUAUUCAGUGUUUGAGCCUUUUCUUGGAAGACUAUGCACUAUCAUACCAGUGUGUCUUCCAUCCUCUCCCUGAAGAGUUUUCCAUUACUUUCCACCUGAGGAAAACUUUGCAAAACACAGUGCAAGUAUCACCCGCUCUUGCAGACUUUCCUAAUAUUUCCAGGGAAAAUUAAUAUUUCCUCUUGUCUUUCCCAAACCUCAGCUUUAGCAUUUGUCACAUUGCAUUACCAUUUAUUUAGCACGUAUCACACUGUAAUAGUCAUUUGGUGAGGUGUCCAUUGCCUGCACUAGACUGUGAGCUUCCUGAUUGAAGGGAGUAGGACAUACUCAUCCUUUGCUCCCCUGAAUCUGUCAUAAAAGUGUGCAUAUAGGAAAAGAGGCAACAUUGACUAAAUGAAUGAGCUGCUGCUGUCUUUAUCUAUCAAAUGUGUAUAAUAGGACCAGCCCUGGAAAUCUUACUAGAUCAUUAUUCAAGUCAUAUGGGAUAAUGUCUUUGUUAACACUUUCUAGGCCAACAGAAGGAAGGCUGUAUCCUCUUGAGGAACAGAUACUUGACUUGGUUCUGGAGAUGUAGGCUGAUAUCCCCCAGUUGUAUCACGUGACUGUGAGACCUUGGGCGAGUCACUUAUUCUCUGGGAGCUUCAGUGUUCUCAUCUGCAAUACUGCAAAAGCUGUAUUUCACAUUUCCUGGGGCUGUAGGGAGUGCUGCCAGGUGAGAGCUCUCCCUUCCCUCUGGGGAACAUUCUUGUCUUAUACAGGUCACAGGCCUUCCCUCGAGAAGCCUGAGUCCAAUGACUGGUUCACAUGAGCUUCCCCUUGCCUCGGGAGAGGGCCACCUGAAGCUAGACAAUCCCAGUCUCAGAGUUUCUGGUGGGGUUAGCUGAGGCUUCUCUCUCUGCCCAAACACUUCUGAUGCAGGUGUUGAUCAUAAGACACUCCCUAAUAACCUUCUUUCAGGCUAAUGUCGCUCGCUCUUAAGUGUAGCACCUUCCCUUUGGGCUCCCCUCGUCUCUGCAGAACUGUCCUGACUCUCCCCCCAAAACAGCUUGCAUACUACAUUUUUUUCAAACUUUUCAGAUUAAAUCCGAUCAACUAAUCUGUGGCAGUGAUCACAAACCGGAAGUGGAUGAAGAUGCUGUCUUUCUAAAGAUUCCCGGUAUUUGAAAAGGGCUGGUUGGAGCCAUGGGGACUUACCCUACCAUCUUACUCUAUGACAAAUACCAGGACAGACAGAAGUUGGCAUCAUAGACUGAAUUACGAGGGUGCUUUGGUGGUCUAGAAGCUAGUCUCACUUGUAUAUGAGUGCUGCAAAUGUAAUAAAGAGAAUGAGAAAACCAGACCAAACUUGCGGAUUCAGGCACACACAGUGUCAUCAUUCUUUCGACCCCAUCCAUGC